CGUAGACACCCGGGGGCUUUUCCUUCCUCGCUCGAACGUGGGCGGAGUUUCGGGUUCUUGUGACGCCGCGGGAGCAGGGCUCGAGUCUUCCCUGCGCGAUGUUGCUGGCUCAUGGCACCAAUAGCGGGGCAGCGGCCGAGGGUUGCGUUGGUGGAGGAUUAUUACACCAGGAUGACUCCAGCUGUUGGGAAAUAACUGAGCAACGUCUGGAGUGCCCUGGCCUCAGCAAUAAGGGAAGGGGGUCUUGAGGUCUUCUGGACAGUAACUUGGCUGCUUCAAGGCCACCCAUGAUCUUCAGGAUGGAGGCAGAUGGUCUGGAGUGGCUCUUCAUCCUUUUACAUCAAAUAGUGUCAUGGGGUGCCUCAGGGGCCAUGGUGUUUGGAGGUGUUGUGCCAUAUAUACCCCAGUACAGAGACAUCAAAAGAACUCAGAAUGCUGAGGGGUUUUCCACUUAUGUGUGUCUAGUGUUAUUAGUAGCCAAUAUUUUACGGAUACUGUUCUGGUUUGGAAGGCAUUUUGAAUCUCCUCUUCUGUGGCAAAGCAUUGUUAUGAUCUUUACUAUGUUACUGAUGUUGAAACUCUGUACUGAAGUUCGAGUGACAAAUGAGCUGAAUUUAAAACGUCGUUCCUUUGCAGCUGCAGAUAGUAAGGAUGAAGAAAUCAAAGUUCCACCCAGGCGAUCCUUUCUGGAUUUUGAUUUGCACUACUUCUGGCACUGGAGCAAGUUCACCGACUACGUGCAGUGUGUAUUAACUUUCACGGGAGUGACUGGAUACAUCACUUACCUCUCUCUUGAUUCUGCUUUAUUUGUGGAAACGCUGGGAUUUCUUGCUGUAUUCACAGAGGCCAUGCUGGGUGUUCCACAGCUGUAUCGGAACUACCAGAAUAGAUCCACUGAAGGAAUGAGCAUCAAGAUGGUAUUAAUGUGGACCAGUGGUGACACCUUUAAGACUGUAUACUUCAUCCUGAAUCAGGCCCCUUUCCAGUUUUCCAUCUGUGGUUUGCUGCAGGUGCUGGUGGACAUGGCCAUCCUGCUGCAAGUCUACCUGUACACCUACUACCCCCAGAAGCCAGCGUCUCAUGCGGCACACCCAGUUAGUGCAAAGGCCCUCUGAAGGCAGAGAGAGAAAGGACACCUGCCGUCAUUGAGGGGGACACCAACCUGACAGCUUUGCUUUCCUCAGCAAGAGCCUGGAAAUACAGCUGCCUCCUUCCAAACAAAAGCAAAAAAGGACUGGGAAGUAUACUGGGGGCACUGGUGAGGCUGUGUGGGAUUAGGGGGAAAAGGCAUGAGAAAGACUAGAGAAGAGCUGAAUGUCCAGUAUCUUGAGGGUUAGCUUUAAUAAUUUAUUGUGCUUCAGUCUCACUAGUCAGGGAGGAUGUUGAAAGUCUUGGUUUUGAUAGGUUUUCCCCCAUACGUACUCAUGGGCCUUAUUCUUAUUAGGAUAGCAUCAGUAUAUUAUUAUAUAUGCAUGCUCAUAAAUGAGCAUUUAUAUGGAAAUGUAUUUUAUAUCUCAAGGGCUGGGUUUUAAUUUUUUAAAAGAUAUAAAAAAGUUUUCUAUCCAUUACCCCUCCUCUCCCCUUAAGAAACCUACCACCUGUAAAAAAGUAUUGGAUCUGAAUUCUUAACAUAUUUACAAAUAUUAUGCACACUGGAACUUAAGUAUAGAGUACUCACUAGAAAAGCUAGCUCUCUUGAUGUACUGGGGAGCAGCCACUAUAGCCAGUAAAGCCAGAUGAAAGAGAGAAAAAGAAAAAUGAUCACAGUUAUCAAAGGGAAGCAGUUAAAAUUCAGUGUCAGGUUCCCAUCUCUAAGCACAGGUAUCUCUCUAUAAAAGGUUGAAUCCCCAUCUGGCACACAAGCACCAGUCACCUUGGAAAGGGACUAUCCUCUAAUUUCCUUUACUGCUGGGCAGGAUAGGGAAUUGUUUUGACUUCCUGGAGACCUUGUAGUAGCUAUGAUGGUUGCUAAGGGUGAUGAUGAGCUCUUGGGUCUGAGUAGGGGCAGAGGAAGUU